AUGACCUCGGUUGGCUGCCAACUGAAGCGGACUGUUUUGAUCUUCGCGAGGGUAAAGAGGCUCAGCCUGCACUCUGUGCUUACGGAUUUGAUGCGACUGUUGGCAAUGUUAUUGCAGAUGCAGAGAACCCCGCCUGUGCUGCCAAUCCUUCAUUUCAGAAGGUCCGCGAAGACUUCAUAUUUGAAAAAGGGCAGAAGGUUGGGAUGGCUGUUUUUUUUUACAAAUCAAACGAAGCCCACACGUGCCACUAUCGUCGGAGCCGACGAUGCUGAAAUUCCGGAGGAUUUUGGGGAAUCGGAGAUCAAGAAGUAUUAUGGUGAACCUGGCCGAGUCAACAUUUACACAGGUGAGAUCAAAUAUGUUGGCCCAAAGCAUAUUGAAUACAGCAUCAAUAGUUUUUACUGGAUGCUCCGGUGCCGUUGUCUUUUUAUUGGACAAGGAUCAGCCUGCAUCAGUUGA